GUGGAGCUGGGCACUGGGGCGUUGGUGGCAGCGCUGAGGGGCCCCCACUGCUCCCAUCAUGGUGUCUGCUCUCACCGUCCUCUUUCUCGGCUACUGGCUGGCUGGGCAGAGCGGGGUGUCGGGACAGAGAAAGUUUCCCAAACCCUCCCUGUCUGUGAGCCCCCAGGGGGUGACUGAGCCGGGGGAAAACAUCACCUUCCGGUGUGUGGGGGAGCAGCCAGGCAUGAGGUUUGAGCUGUAUAACAACGGACGCCUGGUAAAGACGCAGGACCCUUCUGGGAAUGAGGCCAUUUUCCCCAUCUCCAAUGUGGGACUGAAAAGCAGAGGGAGAUACACCUGCCAGUUUCAUACCAAAUCAGAAAUAACGGAGUGGUCAAAAUACAGCGACCUCGUGGAGCUGGUCGUAGCAGGUGAGGGGCCCGGCUCGGCAUCCCCGUUCCCAGCCCCACACCUCAGGGGAGCUUGGACCCGAUGGGACCCUCAGAGCCAGGCUCUACCCUGAGCCCUGGGCCCAGCGGAGGGGACACCUGGCUGGGGAGUGGGGAUGGAGUCACUGGGGGGUUUCCUGGCCAGGGAUAGGGUUGCCAACUUUCCACUCACACAAAACCAAACACCCUUGCCCUGCCCUUUUCCCAAGGCCCUGCCCCUUCUCCGAGGCCCUGCUCCUAUCACUCCACCCCCCAUUCCUCUGUCGCUCAUUCUCCUUCACCCUC